UGAAGGUAAUGUCUUCAACUAGAUACGAUUUGUGAUCUUUUGACAUAUCAUUGAGAAAAAUCGGUCCAGUGAGAGCUAAGAAAAAGUAGUGACAGACAUAAAAAAAAAAAUAAGAAGAAAAUAAACACAUCAUUGUAAAAUGUAUAUUUUCUCAGCUUCAAAUCGAAGCUUAAAAAUUAUCAAAAUGGAUGCUUAUGAUAAAUUGGAAAAAAUUGGUGAAGGCACAUAUGGAGUAGUAUAUAAAUGUAUGGAACGAUCAUCAAAAGAGAUAGUUGCAGUUAAAAAAAUACGAAUGGAAAUGGAAGACGAAGGAAUUCCAGCUACAGCUAUAAGAGAAAUAAGUAUAUUAAAAGAACUCAACCAUCCAAACAUUGUGAAUUUGCGAGAAAUUCUUAUGGAUGAAUCACGGCUAUAUUUAGUUUUUGAAUUUGUUCCAAUGGAUUUGAAAAAAUUUAUUGAUUCUAGACCAAAAAAGCAAUUAGAUGAAGGUACAAGUAAAUCUUUUACUUAUCAGUUAUUAAUUGCUAUAUACUAUUGCCAUGUACGGAGAAUACUUCAUCGAGAUCUAAAACCUCAAAAUAUUUUGAUUGACACUAAACAUAAUAUUCUUAAAAUAGCUGAUUUUGGAUUAGGCCGUACUUUUGGAUUGCCAAUUCGUGUUUACACUCAUGAGGUUGUAACUUUGUGGUAUAGAGCGCCAGAAGUGUUAUUAAAUACACAACGAUAUGGUUGUCCUGUUGAUAUUUGGUCAAUAGGGUGUAUAUUUGCUGAAAUGGCACAUGGUAGACCUUUAUUUCAAGGAGAUUCAGAAAUUGAUCAAUUAUUUCGUAUUUUCAGGAUAUUAACAACUCCAAGUGAAGAAACAUGGCCAGGAGUUUCAGACCUUAAAGAUUACAAACCAACAUUUCCUAAAUGGAGUGGCAAUCUUUUAAAAGAUUCAGUGUCUAGUUUGAACAAUGACGGAUUAGAUUUACUAGAACAAACGUUAAUUUAUGAUCCAAGUAAGCGAAUUAAUGCCAGAGAUGCACUACAACAUCGUUACUUUAAAGACCUUAACAAAAGCAUUUUGCCAGCUCUUCCAGAAAUUAAAUUUUCUUCACUACAAUAAUAUUAAUCAAUAUCACAUUUAUGGUAUUAACAUAUUGAUUAAUAACACUUAUUUUUUAAUGUUUGUAAAAUUAUUCAUUUUGAAUAAAAUAAGGAAAUGAAUACAUA